GUGAAAACGACUCCCACAAGGAAGCAGCCCAACAAGAAGCAGCGACCGCUCCCCUCCUCCAACAUUCGCCGCCGCCGCCACCUCGUCGCCGUCGUCCUCCCUUGGCAACCCCCAAGCCGUAAACUAAGCCCUUUUUAGUGUUUUCGCCCUCACUUUCGACGCCGCAGCCAUGAACUCCGGCGCCACUGCCGCCGUAGCGCAGAACCGACGCACGCGCAGCCGUCCGCCGUCGGCCGCCUCCUCCCGCAAGUCAGAUGAUCCCUCCGCCGCUGUCGCCAACGGAAACGGGAAGGCCCCCUCCAAGCCCACCUCUCCCAACCACGUCGCAGGGGAGAGGACGGUCAAGAAGCUGCGGCUGUCGAAGGCGCUGACGAUCCCGGAGGGGACGACGGUGUCAGAGGCGUGCCGGCGGAUGGCGGCCAGGCGGGUCGACGCCGUGCUGCUCACCGACGUCAACGGCCUCCUCUCCGGCAUUGUCACCGACAAGGACAUAGCCACAAGGGUUAUUGCCGAGGGGCUGCGGGUUGAGCAAACAAUCAUAUCCAAGAUCAUGACACGCAGCCCUCAUUAUGUCACAGCUGACACACUUGCUAUCGAGGCACUACAGAAAAUGGUCCAAGGGAAAUUUAGACACCUUCCUGUGGUUGAUAAUGGUGAGGUUAUUGCCAUGCUGGACAUUGCAAAAUGCCUCUAUGAUGCAAUAUCAAGACUGGAGAAGGCAGCAGAACAAGGAAGUGCACUUGCAGCUGCUGUAGAAGGGGUUGAGCGCCAAUUCGGUAGCAACUUCUCAGCUCCUUCCACUUUAAUAGAAACUAUAAGAGAACGGAUGUUUAAACCUUCUUUGUCAACCAUUAUCACGGAAAGCACAAAAGUAGCGAUUGUUUCUCCUUCAGAUCCUGUUUAUGUAGCCGCCCAAAAAAUGCGUGAACUACGUGUUAAUUCAGUGGUUAUAACUACCGGAAAUUUGCUGCAAGGGAUCUUUACCUCAAAGGAUGUGCUUAUGCGUGUUGUGGCACAAAAUCUUUCUCCCGAAUUAACUCUAGUAGAAAAGGUAAUGACUGCACACCCUGAUUGUGCUACAUUGGACACGUCAAUUCUGGACGCAUUACAUAUAAUGCAUGAUGGCAAAUUCUUGCAUAUUCCUGUUGUUGAUGGAGAUGGUAGAGUUGUUGCUUGUUUGGAUGUUCUGCAACUUACCCAGGCAGCCAUUUCUAUGGCUGAAGGAGGUUCUGGAGCUGCAAAUGAUGUAGCAAACACAAUGAUGCAGAAGUUCUGGGACUCUGCUCUUGCUUUAGAGCCUCCAGAUGAGGAAUUUGAUAGCCAGAGUGAAAUAUCCUUAGUGAUGCCGUCAGAGGUCGGAGAUGGCAGGAGUAGCAUUUAUCCUGCUGCUGUUGGCAAUUCUUUUGCCUUCAAGCUUCAGGACAAGAAGGGACGUAUGCAUAGAUUUACAUGCGGUUCUGAGAGUUUAGAUGAGCUUAUGUCUUCUAUAACACAAAGAUUAGGCACUGGUGGUGAAAAGGGCCCAAUUCAACUUUUGUAUGACGAUGAUGAAGGCGAUAGGGUGCUGCUUACUACAGAUUCUGAUCUUGCCGGUGCUGUUCUCAAUGCCAAAUCAUCCGGAUUGAAGGUCCUGAGGUUGCACGUUGACAACUCGGAUUCCAGUUCUGAAGUUAAAAAGCAAUUGCCGGAGCUAGUGCCUCUCCAAAAAAGUCAGUUGAUGCCUGCUCAUUACGGGCUAAUGGCUGGCGCUAUUGCCCUGACAGGCGUCGUGCUCGUGGUUUACUUGAAGCGCUCAAAAGUGUGAGUUCUGGGAGGCACACUUAACUCCAAUCCUUACCUCUGUGACUAACGUCUCUCAGAAGACUCAAACGCCCCGGCACUUCAGCUGGCCAAGGAUGAAGAACUGAACCCCUCACAAAAGACAAAGAAAAAGAAUAAGGAAAAGAAUGAAGAACUGAAGAUCAUGGGCUAUACACCAGAUGCACCGAAGUCCAGAAAGUAAUCAGCUGACCAUCUCAAUUUUUUGCAUAAAUGAGUUUAGUUAUAUACCGGGAAGGAAGCACGAAACUAUUGAGUUUAGUUAUACUGGGAAGGAAGCACGAAACUAUGAUAUAUAUUUUCAGUUCAUUUUAGUUCCAUGAAUGCGGUGAAACAUGUGCCUUUUGUAACCAUCUCUACCACAAAUCCGGUGAGGGGUUAUUUCCCAAACAAUCACUGGACAUAUUUUCUGAGAUGAGGUGGACAUAUUUAUGUCCAGUGUGGUUGACUA